AUGUCUGACGCAGAUACCUACCUCGACCUCGCCGCCAACCGGCGCACCAUUUACAACCUGACGGGCGAGUCGACCAUCUCGGACGCCAAGCUCGAGGAACUGGUCAAGAAGACCCUGCUGGUGACGCCGUCAGCAUUCAACACGCAGAGCGCCCGCAUCAUCGUCCUCCUGGGCGAGCAGCACAAGAAGCUGUGGGAUAUCGUUAAGGCUGCCCUGGCGCCGCACGUAGCCGGCAACGCUGAGCGUGCCGCCGCCACCGAGGCGAAGCUGAACUCCUUCCAAUCCGCGUAUGCCUCGAUCCUGUUCUUCGAAGAUCCGUCCACGUACGACCCGCUGUCGUCGUUCGUGACGUACGCCGACAAAUUCGAAGCCUGGCGAGAACAAGGCAGUGGCAUGAACCAAUUGGUGCUCUGGACCGCACUAGAAGCCGCCGGCCUGGGCGUCAAUGUGCAGCACUAUAACCCGCUCAUCGACGAUGAGGUGAAGAAGACGUGGUCAAUUGAUGCGAAGUGGAAGUUGAUUGCUCAAAUGGUCGUCGGAAAGCCAGAAGGCAAGAGGCCCGCUGCAAAGGAACAGAAACCCCUGGAAAGUAGAUAUCGGGUCAUUUCUUGA